UUCUUACUAGCAAUGACGACAAACUCACUAGAUCCCAUAGCGCAAGCGAAUCACUUCCGCACAAGGCUUGACUCUACAGCUCCUAUUAACGGAGAAACGAAGAUUAUCUCGCGGUCUUCACCUUCUAAUGGAGUUGUAACAUAUACACUCCAGAUUGGAUCUGUGUCUGUCCCAAAUGUCUCGCUCACUGAGGUCACGGAGUAUAUUUCAGCACAUGAUCUAGAAGUCUUCGAAAACCAAACCUUUGCAAACGAUAUCAAAGAAGAAGAGACCAGACAGAAGGAGCGACUAGCUGCAAAAGCACAAACCCGCAGGAACAGAAUCACAGACUCCGAUUCGGCUUCUGAAUCUUCAUCUACGCGUGCUAGAUCCGUGUCCGGUGCACCGCUGUCUGGAAAUGAGAACUCCGGAGCGGCAGCUGGCGGCAGACAGCGACCGUCCUACACCCAUUUCUAUCCCAAGCAACGGGCACCACGAGGAUCUUUGAAGCCCGUAUCGACACACGGACUGGCCGAACCACCAGUCAAGAACAAUAACAAGAGACGUCGACUAGGAGAAGAUCAGGACGGCAAUAUGUCUUCAACGCAAGACACAGAGGGUGUCUAUAGCGUAGCCUCUCCCAAGCUAGCGACCCAACCACCUUCUGCUAUGGAGCAGGCAGCCGGCAUGGUUUCAGACGCACAAGAAGAGUCUGACCCAAUGGAACUGGACGACGACGACGAUGAUGAGUCCGACAAUGACAUUGACAUCCCGAUCCGACAACCAGUAGGCGCUUCGAACACAGAUGUGCACGCAGACAAGGGCAAGGGCGCGGCAAGCGCCUUCUUCACAUUCAGAGAUCAUGCCGUUCGUCCAAUUUCAAGCACUGCUGCGCGCAACCAACCCCCAUCUGCCAAAGCAAAACUUGUGGCCUCGUUGACCGAAAGACAAGCACCUGCAGUCUCGAUGAAAGAAACACCAACGACAAACACACUACUAGCAUCAGCCUCAAACUUAGCCUCUCUCCGCACGACCGACCCAAGCGCCAAAACUUCAGCUUCUCAAGCAGUCGCUACUGUCAACGGCCCCGAUGCUGACUCAGGCUCCGAUUCUGAAGAAUCUCAAGUCUACGCGGUCGAAAAGAUCCUGGCCCAUGGCCUCUCGGAUCCGAGGUCUCACGACAAGUCCGUUCACGGAAACAAGCCAGUCAUGUUGUAUCACGUCAAAUGGGAAGGCUACGAUGCCACGACUUGGGAGCCGGCAACAAGUUUCGAGGACACGGACGUGCUCCAGGAGUACUGGAUCCAGCAAGCGCAGAAACAGAAACAGAAGCUGAAGCUGCAGGCUUGA